ACGAGCCAGCUGGUGGCGGCAGUGCCGUCGUUUACGUGGAGGUACGAUCUUCGCGAGAGUCCGCUCUCGCUGGUGGGGCCCGUGCCGGAUCGCUCCUGGCAGGUCGCAGCUUGUCCUGGGGAAAUAAAUCGCGGCGCGAACUGGUACCACUCGCGCGGGCACGGAGAACACGGACAGUAGGUGUCCGCGUAUCCCGAGGAACGAGCCGAAGAGUGGCGAAACGAGAAGGGUGGGAAACGACGAGGUAGGGCGGGAAGAAAAAAAAAAGAAAAACAAACAUGCCGUGAACCCCGUCAGGUGACAAUGCGUACGACCCGACGAAGUCGACGAUGCUCAUAGCGCGUGCCGCUUUCGAUCGCAUGCGACCAACGCCGUAGACACUUCGUCGUCAUCGCCGUCGUCAUCGUCUUUGCCGCGCGCGUGUGCAUGUGUACGGUGUGUAGUGGUACGCGCGUGUGAUCGUGUUGUACCUGACCCGUGUGUGGUACCUCCCCCUGACCCAGCUUCUACCUGAUCCAGGCGCCCGACACCAGGACCGAUCGCGAUGACUACGAGGGAGCUUUACGUUAAGGACGGCCGAGUAUGGGUGCCGCAUCCGGAAAAGGUGUGGGAGGGCGCCGUGCUCCUGGAGAACUACAGGCAGAAUCAGCCGAUGUUGAAAGUGCGUACGGAGGAGUCGAAACAGACGAAGACAUUGGAGAUCAGAUCGGACAACGAUCUUCCGCCACUCCGAAACCCCGAUAUACUGAUAGGAGAAAAUAAUCUCACGUCAUUAUCGUUUCUUCACGAGCCCGCUGUCCUCUACAAUCUCCAGAUCCGCUUUCAACGGCAUUCCAUUUACACCUACUGCGGCAUCGUCCUGGUAGCCUUCAACCCGUACAACGAAUUACCCAUUUACGGCAAUGAUACGAUAUGGGCCUACAGGGGCCAGGCGAUGGGCGACCUGGAACCCCACAUAUUCGCCGUGGCCGAGGAAGCCUAUACGAAGUUGGAGAGGGAGAACCAUGAUCAGUCGAUUAUCGUCUCCGGUGAAUCGGGCGCCGGCAAAACGGUCUCCGCGAAGUACACCAUGCGGUAUUUUGCGACCGUCGGCGGAUCGGCGACGGAAACGCAGAUCGAGAAGAAGGUUCUCGCCUCUUCGCCUAUCAUGGAGGCGAUCGGGAAUGCGAAGACUACCAGGAACGACAAUUCCUCCAGAUUCGGAAAGUUUAUCGAGAUCCAGUUCAAUAAGAACUAUCACAUCACCGGCGCGAGCAUGAGGACGUACCUGCUGGAGAAGUCGCGGGUGGUGUUUCAAGCGAACGAGGAGCGAAACUACCAUAUCUUCUAUCAGAUGUGCUCGGCGGCGAGGCGUCUUCCCCAUUUACACCUGACUGAUCAGGAUCAGUUUCAUUAUCUCAAUCAGGGCAACAAUCCCAGGAUCGACGGCGUGGACGAUCUCGCGUAUUUCGACGAGACGAUAAGUGCGCUGACGAUGCUUGGCUUCACGUCCAAGCAGCAGGACGACAUGUUGCGUAUACUGGCGGCCAUACUACACCUAGGUAACGUAAACAUAAGCAGUUGCGUGAUCAAGGACGCGAAGGACGGCGAGGUGGACACCGAAUCCUGUUACAUCUCGCCGAAGGACCGGCACCUGCUCGUCAUUUCCGAGCUGCUGGGCGUCGAAAUAGCCGCGAUGCGCAAGUGGCUGUGCCAUCGAAAGAUCGUUUCGACACGGGAGGUCUUCCUGAAGCCUAUGACCGUGGAGCAGGCGAACGGCGCGCGGGACGCCCUGGCCAAGCACAUCUACGCCGAGCUCUUCAACUGGAUCGUGACAAAUAUCAACACCUCGCUGCAGUCACCCAGUCAGGCACAUUGCUUCAUCGGUGUAUUGGACAUUUACGGCUUCGAAACGUUUGAGAUCAACUCCUUUGAACAGUUUUGCAUCAACUACGCGAACGAGAAGCUCCAGCAGCAGUUCAACUCGCAUGUCUUUAAACUUGAGCAGGAGGAAUAUUUAAAAGAGGAUAUCGAGUGGACUUUCAUCGACUUUUACGACAAUCAGCCGUGCAUCGAUCUGAUCGAGACCAAGCUCGGAAUUCUGGACCUCCUCGACGAGGAGUGCCGCAUGCCGAAGGGUUCGGACGCCUCCUGGGCGGAGAAGUUGUACACCAAGUGCAUCAAGUCUAAGCACUUCGAAAAACCGCGAUUCGGCACUACAGCGUUCUUGAUCCAUCACUUCGCCGACCUCGUGCAAUACGAAACCGUGGGCUUCCUAGAAAAGAAUCGCGACACCGUGAUCGAGGAGCAAGUGGACGUGCUGAGAAGCUGCGAGAACAAGUUGCUGAGAAGGCUGUUCAGUGACGAGGAUCCUAAGUUGGCAGUGCCUCACACAAGAGUCAAAGUGUCCGCUCAGAAGAGCGCGCCGGCGAGUGCAGCCAACAAGCAGAACAAGAAGACGGUCGGCUCGCAGUUCCGUGACUCCCUCAACAUGCUGAUGGCCACGCUGAACGCCACAACGCCGCACUACGUGCGCUGCAUCAAGCCGAACGACGAGAAGGAGGCCUUCGAGUAUAGUCCGGUGCGAGCGGUGCAGCAGCUGCGCGCUUGCGGAGUUCUGGAGACCAUCAGGAUCUCCGCCGCAGGUUUCCCAAGCCAGCGUACGUACGGCGACUUCUUCCAGAGGUACCGCUGCCUCUGCAGGUUCAAGGAGAUACGGCGGGAUGAUCUGAAGGAGACCUGCCGGCGCAUCCUGGCCAGGUAUAUCAACGACGAGGACAAGUUCAAGUUUGGCAAGACCAAGGUACUCUUCCGGGCCGGUCAGGUGGCAUAUCUGGAGAAGCUACGAGCGGAGAGGCAGCGUGACGCCUGCCUAAUGAUUCAGAAGACCGUGCGCGGUCUAAUCUAUCGUAACAGGUACAGGAAGAUCCGCAGAUCGAUCCUGGGUCUUCAGAGGUACGGCCGGGGUUUAAUCGCCCGGCAAAAGGCAGAGGCUGUGAGAAGGGAGAGAGCGGCGGUGAAGAUUCAGACGCAAGUGAAGGGCUGGCUACAGCGACGAUGGUACCUGCGCGUAAAACGCACGAUUCUCGGUUUACAAACACGUGGCAGAGGCAACAUGGCUCGCGACAAAUACAGGAAAAUGAAGGAUCACGCCGCAGCAACGGUGAUCCAGAGAUUCGCUCGUGGAUAUCUCGUGAGGAUGGCGUGCAAGAAGAAACUCAGGGACAUAAUAAUCGUGCAGUCAUGCUACAGGAAGCGUCAGGCGAAGAAGAUCUUCAGGCAACUAAAGACCGAAGCCAGGAGUGUGGAGCACGUCAAGUCGCUCAACAAAGGAUUAGAGAUGAAGAUCAUCACAUUGCAGCAGAAGAUAAACGAAAUGGCGAAGGAGAAUCAGCACUUGAAGAACGUUCAAAACGAGAUGAUAGAUUUAAAAUGCAAGCUGGACGGCUUGAAAUCCGUCGACGUUGAGAAUAAGAAACUGAACGGAGUGAUGCAGGACAAAGAAAGGGAGCUGAAAAAGAUGGAGGAAAUUCUACAGCGGGAGAAAGACGAGAAGAUGGACAUACUGCACGACAAGGAGAGAAUUGCUCUACUGAAGAAUGAGGAGAACAAGAAGUUACAAGAGGAGAAUGAAAGAUUACGAAAGGAACUUUCGAUAGCGAACGAGAAGUUGAAGAGCAAUCAGCGCGGCGCCGAGGAGAAUCUGAAGUAUCGGCUCGAACAGGAGAAAGAUCUGCUUCGGCUGGACCAGGAUCAGGAUCGCGGGGCCUAUCAGAGACUGCUCAAGGACUAUCACGAGAUGGAACAGCACGCGGAAAUACUGGAACAAAAGCUGGCGUUACAAGGAGUGCUUGGGCACUCGCGCUCCUUGAGCAAUGCUUCCAGUGGCAGUGGCCAAAUCACGUCGACAGAGAUUCAGCAAGACGAUCAAAACGUCGAUUUCGGUUACGGCUCCGUGAGAUCCACGGCAUCCUCAUCAACGCCCUACUCACGAGUAGAAACGAUCGACUGGAAUCAACAACGGUCGGAUAGUCCACCCGAUGGAGAAGUUCAGUCAAACAAAUCGCCUUUGGAGGCGCCCGUGCCCACACACGCACCCGUGGACAUCGGUCUCGUCCUGAAGCUGCAACAGAAGCUGAAGGACGUCGAGAAAGAGAAAGGCAGAUUAAUCAGAAUGGUCGAGGAUCUGGAACGUGAUAGUAACGACGAAUCCAGAACGCAAGAUUCGUUCAGACUCCAAGAACUGGAAAUGGAGAACGCGCAACUUAAAAAUGACUUGUACUCCCUGAGGAAGAGCGUGUCGUCGGCCAGUCCAUCGUCCGCGCAACAAAAUCUCAUGAUACAAUUCGAGGCGCUACAAGAAGAACUGGAGAGGAGAAGAGAGGAGUGUAUUCAGCUGCACAGCGUGUUGGCCGAUCAUACAACUAGAAUGAAAAACUUAACCGCCAAUUACGGUCGCGACGUGGACAUUAUAAACGAGGACGGUGAGCUGGUGCUUGCCUUCGAGGCGCAGAAGAAGAUUAACAGUAAAACUAACACAAAGGCAUCGAGAGGAGAGCAAUUGGAAGACGAGCUGCAGGCGAAGGAAAGGAACUGGCGAGCGCAAAGAGACGAGUGGCGAAACGAGAUAGACAGACUGCAAGAAGAAAUCGAGAAGCAGCAAAAGCUGCUCUCGAUUAAUUUAAGUAAAUCGCCGCAAACUCAAGCGGAACUUUACAUGCAAUAUGAGGUUGCCAGACUGACGUCUGAAAAUCUUGAACUUCAAGAGAAAUAUGACAAAGUAGCGGAGGAAUGCAGACGCUUCAAGAAACAGUGCAGAAUCCUGGCGAAACGACUCAAGGAUGCUGGAUAUGAAGGUGAGGAACGUGAUAUGAAAGGCACUGUGCCCAACGCAGUGGAAUACGCAAACGGCAGCGUCGCAGUUUCCGGUACUUACGGAGACGGAAGUAACAUGCCUAUUAUUCGCAAAAAGGAGAGGGAUUAUGAAGGAAUGUUCGAAUUCAGGAAGGAGGAUAUCAACCUGAUCAUACGUCACAUGGUCAUUGAGCUAAAGCCUAGAGUGGCGAUCACACUGCUACCGGGCUUACCGGCCUACAUCCUCUUCAUGUGCAUCAGACACACUGAUUGCAUUAACGAUGACGAGAAGGUGCGGGCGCUGUUGACCGAGUACCUGAACGCCGUUAAACGCGUGCAGAAGAAACGUGACGACUUCGACUCCAGGGUGCUGUGGCUGAGCAACACUCUGCGUUUGCUGCACAACAUGAAGCAAUACUCCGGCGACAAACCGUUCCAGAUCGAGAACACGCCCAGGCAGAACGAGCAGUGCCUGAGGAACUUCGACCUGAGCGAGUACCGCGUCGUGCUGAGCAACGUGGCCCUCUGGAUCUUCAACAAUCUCAUCACGAAUCUCAAGGAGAGGAUCCAAGCCCUUACCGUGCCGGCCUUGCUGGAGCACGAGGCGAUAUCCGUUCCGACCGACAAGACCGGGCGGCCCAGGUCGUCGUCCAUGGGCGGCGAACCGGAUUUCACGCAGCAAAAACUCGACAAGCUUCUGGACGAGCUGACGUCAGUGCACAAGACUUUACAGUACCACGGCGUGGAUCCCGAAGUCAUAAUGCAGCUCUUUAAGCAACUGUUUUACUUCAUGUGCGCCAGCGCUCUGAACAACCUGCUGCUCAGGAGCGAGCUCUGCCGAUGGACGAAGGGCAUGCAGAUAAGGUAUAACAUGAGCCAUUUGGAGCAAUGGGGCAGAGACCGACGACUAGAGACCGCGUCGGAAGCGCUACAGCCUAUCAUACAGGCGUCGCAGCUUCUGCAGGCUCGCAAGACGGACGAGGACGUUAAUUCCGUCUGCGAGAUGUGCAACAAACUGACGGCCAAUCAAAUAGUGAAAAUUCUGAAUCUGUACACGCCCGUCGACGAUUACGAAAGUCGAGUCCCUGUUUCGUUCAUCAAAAAAGUACAAGAUAAACUGAAAGAGCGCGGCGAGAACAACGAACAACUGUUAAUGGAUCUGAAGUACUCCUAUCCCGUAAGAUUCUCAUUCAAUCCGUCGGACAUUCGACUCGAGGAUAUCGAGAUACCCGAGGUGCUUCAUUUGCCCAUGCUCAAGAAGGUGUAACGCAAGCUAGGCACGAUCCUAAUCAAGAUCCCCACACUAUUGUACUAUACUGUGUCUUUAGUUGAAAACGUUGUACGCGAAUAACCAAAACUCGCUUAAUCCAUUUGUUCGUACAGGAAGUUAGUGAUACCGGUAAUCCGGCUACGUUAAGACGUAGACGAAUCGAGAGAGCGCGGCCCCAUCGAUAUCACGUUUUAUAUAUAUUUCUUUUUUACUCGGGUAAUUUGUAGAUUUUAUGAUAUGUCGUCGCAUUCCGAAUCGUAUUCGCGUUCGAAAUCAAUUCUGUUGUACAGGUAGACGAGUCAGGUUUCGGUAAGGUAGAAAGAGCGAUAUUUUUCAUUAUUGUUACUGUAUAGUAUUGUACAGCGAAAUGUUAAGGGAGGCACAAGGGAGGUGCGAAGCUCUUACAAGGAUCUUAAGAUUUUUUUUAUCGAUCGCUAUUGCGUUAAAAAUAAAUAAAAUUCUCAGAGUUACAUCUCUGAUGUAUAAAUCGUUUCUUCCUUGAAAUACAAGGAAAUGUGUGUCUCGUAUUUAUUUCUUUUCCAAAUAAAAAUGGAAAAUUUGUGAAUUUUGAAAAUUUUAAGUUAACUAAAUUCGGGAAUUAUACACGUAAUAAAAUAAUUCCCACUAGGAAAGCAGUCUAAUAAACAAAUAUAUAGAAAUGAUGAUAUAAUUAUGUGUGACUACAAUAUUUAUAUCUACUUUACAUAUAUACGGCGGAACUUUUUCAUUUAUACAUCCUUGUGAGAAUUUCGUAUGUACGAUAAAGUUGAAAACUUGUUAAAGAUUGUAAUUAAUAUGUAAAAAGGAAACGCGCGAGAGAGAACGAGAGAGAGAAGAUAUAACGUCAUGUUGGAACUAGAGUGUAUAUUUUGUGAUACGAAAGAUACGGAGAAAGAGCUAUUAUAAAAUUGGGUCCGAUAACGGACUGAUAUACACUGCACGAAUGAGAAGAAAAUACGACAAAAGGCGACCGAAAGAAACGGGAGUAUAUAAUUAUUGUAUUCUAAUUUAUACAUAUGUACAUGCGAUUGUAUUUUGUGCCAUUCUACGAGUAGAUCGUAACAAUGUUCGUUUGUUAUUUCGUUCGGUCUGUCAUUGGUUUCGCGCAUUACAAACGCAUUCCACAGAAUGAUGUCUGAAAAAAAGAAAGAAAACAUCCCUUCCCUCAAGAUGUUAUAGACAGAAUAUAUUUACACAAUUCCACCUUGACUCGAUGUGACAUACUUAUUUGUUCCUACAGUGAAAAUAAAGUCGAGGUGCUGGAUAACUUAGUGGUAGAGCAAUCGCCUCUUCAAUCGAAAAAUCUGGGUUUGAAUCCCGGUCCUGUCAUCUCAUGUAUAGAAUAAGAAUUUUUCAAGUGAAAAAAAAAAAAGGUAUUAUUCCACUUCAAAUUUUUGUGAUAGAAUUGUAAUACGAUUUAUAUUCUUCUCAAGUUGCAAUAAAUGAUAACUUGUGAGCAAUAUAAAUCGUGGUAUUACGAUUUAAAAAUCAGAAAUUUAUAAUCAAGAAGAAAAAAGGCGAUUGAUUAGUUCUUA